GCUAGGGGGUCUCCCACCCCCCCUUGAGAAAAGUCUUGGCAGCCCCCCCCCCCGAGGAGGGGACGUGGGGUGGGGAUCCUCGAGGAAGGAGCGCUUCCCUCGCUCUUUGCUUGGCUGUCAAAGGUUCCUUUGGCAGGUUGGAGCAUGGCGAAAGCAGAGGAUCCCCCUUGCCCGCCCCCCUUGGAGGACCUGCCAGCUCUCCCGCAGCGGGAUCUCCCGGUGGGAUCCGUUCCAGCGCGGAGAACGGAGCCAGCCGACCAGGCGCUGCGGGGCCGACCUGCCCGCCGGGUGUCCGGGACGCGCCUCCUAGCGCCGGGCCCCCGCAGCCCUUUAAAGAGCCUCGGGGCGGGCGGUGCUGGCGGCGGCGGCGCCCCCCCCCCCCCCCCCCCCCGCAGCCGCCGCCGCUCUGCCAGCUGUGCCCGCCGGGCCAUGAGCGCGCGGGGCAGCGGCCGCUUCUCUCUCUCGCCCUGCGCAGGCCGGCGGAAGAUGCCCCAGCCCAAGCCGGGGAGGGCGGCGGACGAGGGCUCCGGAGGAAGCGGCGGCGGAGACAAGCGGGAGCCGGCCCGGCCCAGGAUGAACGGGGAGAACAUCUUCACUUGUCAAGCCAAAAUCUACAGCUACGUGAAUCCCAGUAAAAUUUCCACCUCUCGGCCCCCACUUCAAGAGGAAAACUCUACCACGCCCCCCGAGACGAAAGGCCAAACCUGCAAACUUGAAACUUGCCAAAAACUGGAAGACCGAGUACCGGUGGGUGACUCGACCUCCAGCGUCGCAAAAUCCGACAGCCAGAACAGCAAAGCCUCCGAAUGUGAAUCUUCAGCCUCUCCUUCCAACCCGAAUCCCGAACCGACGGAAACUCAGAAACUCCCGCCAGCCGAACCAGAGGUGGUCCCCAGCCAAAAACAGGCCCCGAACAAGGGAGGCAAAAAACCCGCCUCCCGAAGGAAAGGCCGAGGAAAAACACCCCCAAACCGAAAGGUAACCGACUAUUAUCCGGUUAGAAGAAGUUCCAGAAAGAAUAAAAAAGAAUUACAGACGGAGGAGAAGAAACGGAUAGAUGAGUUAAUCAAGAGUGGGAAAGAAGAAGGGAUGAAGAUCGAUUUUAUUGACGGCAAAGGCCGGGGCGUCAUUGCAACCAGGCAUUUUAACAGGGGUGAAUUUGUGGUCGAAUAUCAUGGAGACCUCAUUGAAAUUACGGAUGCAAAAAAACGGGAAGCAGCUUACGCCCAGGACCCAUCGACGGGCUGUUAUAUGUACUAUUUCCAAUACUUGAGUAAGACUUUCUGUGUCGAUGCCACGAAAGAGACAAACCGCCUGGGACGUUUGGUGAAUCACAGCAAGUGCGGGAAUUGUCAGACGAAGCUCCACGACAUCGGAGGCGUCCCCCACCUCAUCCUGGUGGCCUCGCGGGACAUCAAAGCCGGCGAGGAGUUGCUGUACGAUUAUGGGGACCGGAGCAAAGCUUCUUUGGAGGCCCAUCCCUGGUUGAAACACUAAAGGGGCGUCCCUUGCACGAGAAGUUCCCUGCUUCGAUUCGUUCUUCCCGCCUGCAUGGAAAUCUCUGAAACAUUUGGAUUUCUGCACUCUACAGAUAUUUUUAUUUUUUAUCAAACGCAACACUUAAAUCUUGAAAACUUGUCGAAGACGACGGGACCUGCUCCAAGAAAGGGUGAAGAAUGAAUUUUGUGAAGGAAAGCUGGUUCCCCCCCUCCCCACCCUUUUCUUAGCCAGGUCAAAGCUGACAAGAACAUUUGAGGGGCCGUCUAGCUUUCCUCAGAAGUGUUUGGGCCCUUUGUCCAGGAUUAUCACCUCUGGCUUUGCGGGUUGGAGAUUUGGGGUGAUCUGGGCCUCAAAAGCUGGCCGGGGUGGGGGAGAAGAUCAUGUCUCUGCUAAACGACCCAGGAGAUGGAGAACUCUGGUUCAGGAGAUGAGUUGGAAGAACCCCAAAAAACGCCCCCGGUCUUUUCAAAGCAGCCCGUUUGCAAGCUUUUUCGUUUUUAGAAAGAGGAGGAAAAAUUGGAAACCAGUUUUAACUCUGCUGAGAAUCACCGGAUUUAUCGUCAAGAUGGAACUAUACAGAGGUUGCACUGUGAAGACCAGGAUCGGCUUGUCCUUCAAAGAGCCCAGUUUUUCCCGUGUGACUGCGGGAUCCGGUUGCGUGCCGUCUGCCAUUUUAUUUUAUUUUAUUUUAUUUUUGCUGUUGUGAGCCAUCCCAAAAAAAUCGCCAUCGGCGAGCGGAGGAAGGAAGGCGAGCGGAGCCAGGGAGGCGGAAGGCUCUCAACGGCCUGCAAUUGGCUUUUGCAAUUUCCUCAGCUGGGAGAAGAGGCAUUUGAACAUGGUUGUCUGAUCCUCGGUGCUUCCUGGCACCCCAAACCUCUUGUCCCCCAGGUUUGCAACGUAGGUUUGCUGGGCACGGGUUGAGAAAUCCGUCGCUCGGCUCUUGGUCGGCAACGCAAAUGUCGGGAAACCAGCAGAGGAGUUUUAUUGAGCUGUGCUCUGUAUUUGCUCCCUUCUAUCUCUCUUUCCCUCUCUUUUUUUGGGAAAGGAAGGAGGGAGGGGGAAGAAAACGGCUUUUAAUGGAAUUUGGGGGCUCGUUCUUAAACAGGGACUUUUAGCAAAGCAAGCGUUUUUAGGAUGAAAUCACUUCCCGCGUCAACGAUUUGGAUGGAGGUUUUAUCGAACUCGGGCGUUCCCGGACGUGUAGAAACGGGCAAAGUGGAUCAGAGCGAAUGGAACGGAUUUUCUCCCGGAAAAGAGUGGCAUUGGGACUACAUUUCCCAGCAUUCUUAGCUCUCAUCCCUAGGGGAGGGGCUAUGUGAAGCACUUUGCGGGACGGGUGGGGAUAGAAUUGUGAAAUGCGUAAGGAUUAGGAGGCGGAAUCGAGAAAUGUGUUUUCCAAGUUUUACUUUCUGCCUGAAAUUCACGUAUGUCAUUUAUUUCCCUUCCCCCCCCUCCUCCGCUCUCCAGAGGGGUGGGGCUGACACACCUAGCUGGGAAUCCUGGGAAAUGUAGUCCUGGCUGAGCAUCACACUCUUGCAGGGCGAGAGGGAGCGAGUACCGUUGCAAUAAAAGCUCCGAUAACCCUGACGCCUGGCGCUACAAAAAUCGGGGACUUAAGGGUGAUGAUGUGGGUGUUUUUUUUGUUUUUUGUUUUUAGAAAUGAUGAAAAAGGAAUGAUCUGAAGAAAAAUUAUUUCUCUGUACGAGAAUAUAAAUAAAGUGAACUAUUUAUUAAAAGCGAA